AUAGAUACCAAUGCAAUAGUAAUACCAUACCUAAGUUUGAUAUCUGUAAAAUGGAAAACUACUAUGAAACAUUACACGUUCCAGUCUUCUGUGAAUUAUCAGAAAUCAAAACUGGAUAUCAAUUUUUAAUCAAGAAGUUACAUCCAGAUAAAAAUAUUCCUAAUACUACAGAUUUUGAACAAAAUCGUGAGAAUGAAAAAUAUUUUCAUCAAGUGCAGACUGCAUGGAAAAUUCUCAGUGAUAAACAGUUAAAAAAGGAUUACGAUACGUUACUGAAACGAACAAAACUUGAGAAUGAAUUAUUGGUGAAUGAAGAAAUUUCAUUAAGCGAUAUGGAUAUUAUAACAGAUGAUGCAAAAGACAUGGAAUAUAUUUACCCUUGUAGAUGUGGUACUGAAUAUAUUUUGGACAAAAAAUAUUUAGAAAUGGAUUUGACAAAUAUUAUUUUAACUUGUGAGACUUGUUCGCUUCAUAUAAAAGUAGUAAUGAAACAAGAGUCAUAGCAGUUUAAUUUAUAUAUGGUUAGUAUAUUAUUUGGUUAUCAUAAUAUUAUAUCAGUUAUUAUCUUGCACUGACUGAAUUAGCAAUACUAAUAAGUUCUGUCUGUUUCAUCGAUGAUGAUCUCAAUUCAUUUUUUAAUAUAUAGGCCUACUUUUUUUAACUAUUUAUUCUUCGGAAAUCUUGUUUAAAAAAUUAAGUUCAACUAGCAUUGUCUGCAACUUACUUUGAUACUUUUAAAUAUUAGAAUAAAUGUAUUUAAAUGUUGGAAUCACAGGCAAACUGGAAUAAUUCGAAACGAAUCAUUUUUUUGUGGGCUGGCAAUUCAGAAUCAUUGUUUUGUAUCAUAGUACUGUAGUAAGUGUUCAUUUAUAAACAUAGUAAGCUCCACUUAUAUCUAAAUAUGGAAGAUAUUAGAGCUCUGGAACUUUACUGUGGAAUUGGUGGAAUGCAUUUUGCACUCAAAAAGAUAUGUCCUUCGGCAAAGAUUGUCGCAGCUGUUGACAUCAGUCCAAAUGCUAAUAAAGUAUAUGCUCAUAACUUCCCACAAGUCAAACUCAUGGAGAAAGGAAUCGAGGGUUUCAGUGUGAAGAUGUUAGACAAGCUCGAUUUUAACAUGGUGCUGAUGAGUCCACCCUGCCAACCAUUUACAAGAAUUGGAUUACAGAAAGAUGUUGCAGAUCCCAGAACUAAGUCUUUCCUACAUUUUCUAUCUGUGCUUCCAAAGUUGUCAAAAUUACCAAAAUACAUUCUACUUGAGAAUGUCAAAGGCUUUGAGACAUCAGAAGCACACAAGGAGCUCGUUAAAACUCUAAAUGCAUGUAAAUACAAUCAGCAGGAAUUUCUUCUGUCACCGAGACACCUCGGAAUUCCGAAUUCACGCUUGAGAUAUUUCAUGCUUGCUAAAAGAGAUAAAUUUCAUUAUAAUUUAUCAAAACAAAACAAUCAAAUAUGGGAAAGUCUGCCUAUUCCAGUGAGCAUCAUACCAGGAGUACAACAGUCAUUGCUAGAGCUAGAAACAACGGAAAAUCCUAGCGAGCCAUCUGCGAAAAGGGCAAAAUUGGAGAGCAAAGAAGUUCAAAAUGGUACAGAGCAUAAUCAAGGUGAAUGUGAUUCUGUUGAACUACAGACUAUAGAAGCUUUUUUGGAGCCAAAUCCACCAGAGGAUUCUUUCGUACCUUCCAAAAUCAUUCAACGCUACCUUGGAGUUGUCGAUAUUGUGACAAAAUACUCAACAAAUUCAACCUGCUUCACUAAGUCAUAUACUCAGUAUGCAGAAGGAACUGGUUCGAUACUUAACAUGAAGAACACUAAGUCAAAAACUCAUAUUUCUUCCAAUAUGGAGCCAAAUAUUAAGGAUUUUCGAUACUUCACACCAACAGAAGUAGCCAACCUUAUGUGUUUUCCUAAACAUUUGAGUUUUCCAGAGGAAAUAUCUAAAAAACAAAGAUAUAAACUUUUAGGAAAUAGUUUGAAUGUAAAUGUUGUUUCAUAUUUGAUUUCUUUACUCUUACUUGUGAAUAAAGAAAUAUUAACUUGAAGAGUACAUUUUCCUUCUGUCUGUACUAUUGUGUGGAUUUUCAUGCCUCAAAAAAUAUUUUUGACCAUAUGUAUUGCACCCAUCCAAUUAUGGCCACUAUAUUUCGUUCAGAUUUCUUAAUUUAUUCUAUGUCCUGCUGAAUGAUAUAGGUAAAAGCUAUAAAAUAGGAUUUUAUUGUCCUAUCAAACCAGCUUGAUCAAUACUCAAAAAGGUCACUCGUAUAUAUUUGUCAAAUUAGAUUGCAAUAAAUGCUGAGAAUUUGCAUAAUAAAAUUUUUGAAUUGAGUCCAAUAAAAUAAAGGAAUCUAGUA